AUGAGAAAUUUUCCAUUUCCAGUAAUUGAGCAUAAACUGCAAGGCAACAAAAGUAGUUUGCCGGCUUUAGAAGGUUCAGGUUUAAACGAUUGGAAGAAUAUUGGAGCACUUCUUUCUUCUGAUGAAAAAAGUAAUUCACAUCUCGUAAAUUUUCAAAUGUGGAAAGAACUUGAUAUACGUUUAUCUUCAGAAAAAACUAUUGAUCAUAUUAACCAACAAAAAAUUAAUGAAAAAGAACAAUAUUGGCAACGAAUUUUAGAAAGAUUAAUUGCCUUAGUCAGAGUACUGGCAACGCAAAACUUGGCAUUUCGUGGAACAAAUGAAAAGCUUUACAAUAACACCAAUGGUAAUUUUUUAAAGUUAGUUGAGUAUCUCGCUUUAUUUGACCCAACAAUGAAUGAACAUGUGCGGAAAAUUAAAAAUCAAGAAAUUAAAACUGCUCAUUAUCUUGGAAAAGAAAUUCAAAGCGAAUUAAUACAAAUACUAGCAAAUGCUAUAAAAGAUAAUAUCUUGACUAGGGUAAAAGAUGCUAAAUAUUAUUCUAUAAUUUUAGACUGCACCCCAGAUAAUAGCCAUACAGAACAAAUGACAAUAAUUCGUUUUGUUGAUUUAGAAUCACCAACAUCGCAUGAUGGGGAUUUAGUUAAAAUUAAAGAACAUUUCUUAGGAUUCAUACCUGCGGAGAAAUCUACAGGUGGUUUUUUGGCAAAAGCAUUAAUUGAACAAUUGGAAAAUUUUAAUUUACCAAUUGAAAAUCUCCGUGGACAAGGAUACGAUAACGGAAGCAACAUAAAGGGUAAGGAGAAUGGGGUACAAAGAAAAAUUUUGGAUAUAAAUCCUCGGGCGUUUUUUAUUCCAUGCAGCGCACACUCACUAAACUUAGAUGUGAAUGAUGCAUGCAAAUGUAGCUUAGAUGCAAUAAGUUUUUUUGGUGUGGUGCAACAGAUUUAUAGUUAUUUUUCGGGAUCACCUUCUUGUUGGCAAGUUUUUCGUAGCUAUUUUCCAGAUUUUACUGUCAAGUCAUUAAAUGAUACAAGAUGGGAAAGCCGCAUUAAUGCUUUAAAACCAUACGAUACAAUCUCAAAUGAUGAAGGCUUUCAAAGAAUUAUUGUUGAUGCUGCUGAAAUUGCAAAAGAAUUGGAAACAGUAACAAAUUUUGAAGAAAAACACAUCGGGAGAAGGAGAAAAAAGCGACAGUUCGAUUAUGAAAUACAAGAUGAAGCGUUGCAAGAUCCAAAAGAAAAAUUUAAAGUUGAAUUUUAUUUUAAAAUUUUAGACACUGCUAUACAGUCUAUUGCGGAAAGGUUUGAACAAAUGCGACAGUAUAAUAGUAUAUUUGGCUUCCUUCAUGAUAUUUAUUCUAUAAGUUCAAAAUCUUCAGCAGAAUUAUUGAAAAAUUGUAGAAAUCUAGAAGAAAUUUUAACUCAUGGUUCUCAAAAAGAAAUUAGUGCAGCGGAUCUUUGUAAUGAAAUCAAAGUACUUUCUGGAAGACUCCCACAACAAAUGACACCACAUGAAGUACUAACUUUUAUAGUUGAACAACGUUUAAUUGACUGUCUACCAACUAUAUGUAUUUCUUUAAGAAUACUAUUAACACUUCCAGUGUCCGUUGCAAGUGGCGAGCGAAAUUUUAUUGACAAUAUAUUGCAAAUAAUGCUUCAGUCUCGUUUUCCUACGCUAGCAUAG